GUUUGGUCCGACCACACAACCUCACUGUCUAUAAAUACACGGCCUGUUUCUUCUUACCUCCAUAAUUCCUUGCUGUAUCUAGAUCUCUCUCAUGGAUUCCCAAUCUCCUUCAGUUGUUUCUUCUGAAACCCUAGCUCACAACUCAUCACAAAACGUAGCUCAAUAUCCUCCUACUGAAAAUCACUCGGAUUCAUACUACAACAACAAUCACUCCCAAAACUCUCAGGAAAACAAUAACCACGAAGAGGAGCAAAAAACCAGGCCAUUGUUGUCGGAAAAUGGAUUGGCAAACACUAACAGCGGCACCGAUAAGGACCAAUCAGGCGGCGAGGAAGAAACGAGCAGUCGAAGGAGACGAAGGAGCCGUUGGGACCCACCAAGCAAUGAUGGGGGGAGGAAGAGGAAGUCCAGGUGGGCUGACGAUGAGCCCAAGCCCGUUAUUCAAUUGCCCGAUUUCAUGAAAGAUUUCACUGAGUUUGAUCCUGAAAUACAAGCACUUAAUAGUAGAUUACUUGAAAUUAGUAGGAAAUUACAAUCUGGUAUGCCUUUAGAUGAUAGACCUGAAGGUGCUCGUUCGCCUUCUCCUGAACCCAUAUAUGAUAAUAUGGGAAUUCGUAUAAACACUAGGGAGUAUCGUGCCCGAGAGAAAUUGAAUAGGGAAAGGCAAGAGAUUAUUUCCCAGAUUAUUAAGAAGAACCCCGCUUUUAAGCCUCCUGCUGAUUAUAGGCCUCCUAAGCUUCACAAAAAGCUUUAUAUUCCAAUGAAGGAGUACCCUGGUUAUAAUUUUAUUGGGUUGAUUAUUGGUCCGAGAGGGAAUACUCAGAAGAGGAUGGAGAAGGAGACAGGAGCCAAGAUUGUGAUUCGAGGCAAAGGGUCGAUUAAAGAGGGUAGGUUGCAGCAAAAGGGGAAUGUAAAACCUGACCCAUCGGAGAACGAAGAUUUACAUGUGUUGGUGGAAGCUGAGAACCAGGAGUCACUUGAGGCUGCUGCUGCUAUGGUGGACAAGCUCUUGCAGCCUGUUGAUGAAGUGCUUAAUGAACAUAAGAGGCAACAGCUUAAAGAACUUGCUGCUUUGAAUGGAACAAUUAGAGAUGAGGAGUUUUGUAGGCUAUGUGGUGAACCAGGACAUAGGCAGUAUGCUUGUCCUUCUCGAACCACCACCUUUAAGAGUGAUGUUCUGUGUAAAAUAUGUGGUGACGGGGGACAUCCCACUAUCGAUUGUCCAGUGAAAAAUACUACUGGCAAGAAAAUGGAUGAUGAGUACCAGAAUUUUCUGGCAGAGUUGGGAGGUACAGUUCCUGAAUCAUCAACAAAGCAAAACUCGGCAACGUUAGCUCUUGGCCCGGGAAAUUCAGGCAGCAAUCCUCCUUGGGCAAGCAAUAAUAAUGCUGAUGGUGUUGGUGCUAGUUCACAUCCUGGCUUAGGGUCAAGUGUACUCAAGCCAAAGGAGUUUGAUGAGGCAAACUUGUACAUAGGUUACUUGCCACCUACUCUUGAAGAUGAUGGUUUGAUCAAUUUAUUCUCUCCAUUUGGUACCAUUGUGAUGGCUAAAGUUAUAAAGGAUCGUCUAAGUGGUCUGAGUAAAGGUUACGGAUUUGUUAAGUAUGCGGAUGCCCAACAAGCUAAUAGUGCUAUAACUAGCAUGAAUGGCCACCGUCUUGAUGGGAGAACCAUUGCUGUGAGAGUUGCAGGUAAGCCGCCUCAGCCUACUGUGCCUCCAGGCCCUCCUGCUCCGGCAAUGCCUUCAUAUCCAGUUCCUAAUCAGGGCAUGGGCGCAUACCCGUCCCAGCAGUAUGCAGCUGGUGGUCCCAUUGGCAAUGCUCCCCCUGGUGCUCCAGUUCCAUGGGGACCACCUGUGCCUCCACCAUAUGCCCACUACCCACCUCCUCCUCCUCCUGGCUCAGCCAUGUAUCCUCCAUAUGGUGUGCAGUAUCCUCCUCCGAUUCCAGCUGCGUCUUCUGGUGCCCCUUCUCAGACUGUUUCCGCCGGUGACAACCAACGAACUUAUACAUCUUCUGGCGAGACACAGCAAAGCUAUCCUCCUGGAGUGCAAUCUCAGAGCAGUGCACCUGUUCAUUCGGUUCCUACUUAUGUGUAUGGUAGUUCUGUCACUGCAAUGCCACCUAAUGCUCAACCUACAUACCCAACAUCUUCAUACAGCUAUUCAUCUUAUUAUGGUGUCGCACCACCACCACCUCCUCCAUUUGCAUCCCAGUCCAAUGGGGACUAUUCACAGGGUAUGAGCAAUGUUCCCUGGGCUCCAAAUCCACCAGCAUCUGCACCUCCAUCAUCCGCGGAGAAGCCUGCUUAUGGUGCGGACUCAGAAUAUGAGAAGUUCAUGUCAGAAAUGAAGUAAUAAUGCAAUUGCUGUAUCGCCCUGCACUAUUAAUAGGCUGAUGUGUUGGAGCACCUCACCUGAUUUCUUUCCUCUUGCCAUGACUUACUUGUUGGAAGUUUCAGACUCACAUCUUUAACCUUGAUGUACUGUUAUGCAGAGAGAUGAGAUGUUCAGUUCCUUCAGCUUGUGUUGGAGCAUUAAAUCAGUGAAUUAUGGAUAUUAAUUAUGCUUUUUGUAGGAUUCGUUUCUGGGGGUUGCGUUCCAGCUUUGUUUCUCAAAUUUUGUUUUAAUGAUUUGUUGGAAUUUCUUGAUGACUAAUCACUGACAGUUUGUGU